AUGGUCGCGUCCUUGGGUUUCCAUCGGCUUGUAUCUAUAAUUCCAUAUAUUUCGACUAUCCUAGCCGUACAAGUCCAUUCAGUCAAGCGCAGUAUCGUCUCACCUGCCACCUGCACUAGUGAAUACUCAUGGAUGGACGAUGGUCAGGGCGACUCGCCUUGUCUUACUGUCGCUUAUGUCGAGGCUGCAUGUUCUGGGAACAACAGCAUUCCUGAUGAAUGGCUAUUCGUACUCCUUGCCAAAUUCUUCGACCGCAAAUCAAUGUUAUUGUGCAGUUCUUGGUCGUCCUAUAAUCUUAUGAUGGCGUGCACUAUAUGUCAAGGCAGUAAUGAUUCUGCUAUCUGGGAAUGGGCUGAAUGGGCAUCUGGAUGCACCACCAACUCAUCGUGGACAGAGAAAUACUUCCCUUCUGGAUAUGUGCUUGCUGGAAAUGCUUCCAUACCUUAUUGGGCUACUACUGAUCCGACAACAUGGACAUCUGCGACUUUCAAUAUCAUGGAUGCAAACGCUACCUAUCAAAGGAAUUCUUCUAGUAUCACCCGAGCGCCUUAUCUGGGCGGCACCAUUGGAACCUUGGCUGCUCUCUCGCUUUUUGCCGUUGGCGCCUAUCUAGUGUACAGACGCCACGUGUACAAGAAAGGAGCUUACGCCUCUGUCGUCAACCAGCAGCCAUUCAUAGACAGAGGCGAUGGUGCGGCAACUCGCAUGACACAUAAUCGUUUUCCGUCAGAUUCAUCCGACUUUUCUCAGUCGUUCGGCUCUCCUGUGUUGUAUGGGCAGUCCUUGUCUCCGUCGCAAUAUGGGACCGUGUACUCUCCACAGCCCCAGAUGGCUUACCCCUCUCUGCAAGCAGACAGCCCUCCGACGCUAUACCAAUGGUUUAAGUAA